CGCGUUACUUGUUGAACCUGAUAUACCACAAAUUGCCGUGCAGAAACUCGCCAGCAGAGAUUUGUGACAGUAGGCGGGCAUCUCGACUGGCCUUCCUUUUACUUCAACCAAGGUCUUUAUAUAACGUCCUUGCUUCAGCAAACCAUUGUGGUUUUGUAUCUUUACCCUAACUUUCAAGACUGUAAAGCUUCCUAAAUCACCAUCUUCACACCCGAAAAUGGAGCGUCCUGUCAUCCUUGUGUGUGACACGCUGCCUUUCCAACUGGUUCGAGAUGAGGAGACAGGUCAUCUCAGAAGGGACGACCGUCAGGGAGACACCGGAGGACUUCAGGUCACGUGCGGCUCAUUGAUGAAAAGCGGCCACGGCGCAUGCCUGGUGGGUUGGCCUGGGCUGUACAUGAGAGAAGAGGAAAUGGUGCCCAGUCGUGAUGACGUCACGACUUCCACAGCGACAUCAUCAGGAUCGGCUCUUGGCAUACCGGUAGUUCCUGUCUGCGAGUUGAGUCGAGACGACUUCGCUAAACACUUCGCCUUCGCAGCGGAAAUGGUGACACCGCACCUGCACUCGCUCUCCGAGUUCUCUAUGGGGCGUUGGGACGACUGGGAGCCGUUCGGUCUCUUGGGAAGGAAGUUUGGGCAAGCGAUUUUAAAAGCUCUAGACGUUCAGCCUUCCCAGCAUGCCCCCGUGGUAUGGGUGCACGAUGGGGAUAGUUUACUGAUCCAAGUCGCCAAGUUUCUCAGAAAUCAAGAAACUAGUCGCGAGUACACACUUUCUUACACACACCACAUAUCCUUCCCGCCAUGGGAGGACCUGCAACGUUUCCCAUGGUGCAACGAAGUCAUGGACGGUUUCCUUGGUUACGAUGACGUCAUGUUCAUGGCACAGGUGCACGUCAACAACUUCCUGGAAUGCUGUCGCGAGAUGUCCAUCACCGUCAAGGUCAACGAAGAUGGCGGAACCGUGUACUACCAAGGACGGACAGUCAAGGUCAGAAAGGUGGCACCCAGCUGUCAACAUGACAAGCUGAUGAAACUGGCCCAAGUUGCCCCGCCCUUGCCUCUUGGUUUGAAGCAAGACUGUAAAAUCCUACUGGGGGCAGAAAGAGUUGCAUACACCAAAGGUCUUCCCGAACGUGUGCGUGCCUUCGGUCACAUGCUGGAGCGUUACCCUGAGCACGUGGGGCGAGUCUGCUACUACCAAGUGGGGGUUCCAGCAGGCACGGAAGGUGUGAAGGUGUCCAGGAUUCAUCUCAAGGUACAGGAGGAAGUAGAGAAGGCUAUCUUCACCGUGAACGAGACUUUCGGCACGCCAAUAUGGACCCCCAUACAUUACGUACCACAUGCCAUGCCUCACGCCCUUCUGACCGGUUUCUAUAGAGAUGCUGACGUCAUGUUGGUGACGUCACUGAAGGACGCCCUCAACUUGGUUGCUAAGGAAUACGUCUCCUGCCAGGUCAACGACCCCGGAGUCGUGGUGGUGUCCAAGUACGCGGGCGUGUCCGAGAUAAUGGAGGAGGCGUUGCUAUGCGACCCCCGCGACGAAGAUGGCCUCGCCGACAUCAUGCACCAGGCUCUGACAAUGCCUCUGUGGGAAAGACGCACAAGGAUGAAUAAACUACAGUCGAGACAAGAAGGCUGCAGUGUCGACGCCUGGGUCGAGAAGGUUUUAGAUGGGCUACAAUAAGCCAGUUCACAGUCUAAACAGCACAUUUAUAUGUUAUGUAUUGUGGAUAAUAUGUCAAAGUUGAAGGCCCCUGACAUAAAGGAAACACGACUGAACAUGGUAGCAAGCGUGGUCUUGACAAGAGCUGUUAAAAUUUACGAUUAUUGACCUUUGACCUCGAGCAUGCGCCGUUGAAAUCGCGAAAUGGCUAAUUCCUUCUUCGUGGUGUGCAAACAACUAAAAAUGGAGAUUUCUGUGAAUACUUCUGCAUAUUUCCUUCUGUGGUAAUUAUAAACCGUGGUACAUGUACAUGUUAAACCAGUUGUAGAACCAGUUGUAGUGCAUUUGUGUAUUCCAUCUAUCAGGACAUAACAAUUUAGCUUUUUAACACGCAGUACCUAAUAUUCCGUUGCAUAAAACAUUCUUAUAAAA